AUGAGUGAGCACGGGGCUAAUAAAGUAUCUCUUCAUCCAGAACAAAAGAAAUGGAAGGCUCCAAAGGGACCAAAACCAAUCCAACAUAAAAAUAAAAAUGUAAUUGGAUUAGGUAGAUCAAUUGCUAAUCAACGUAGACAAGAAAAUCAAAUUCAAUAUUUACCCGAUGGAGAAAUGAGAUUCACUACGGAUAAAAAGGAAGCUGAUUGGGUGAAAUUAAGAUCUGUUACUCAAGAAACUGCGUUAGAUGAAUUUUUGAAUACUGCUACUCUUGCUGAUACUGAUUUUACUGCUGAAAAAGGUCAACAAGUUAAGAUUAUUAAAGUUGGAAAUACAAGUAUUGUAAAUCAAUCUGGUCUUUUAACUGGUGAAGAAAUGAUUGCAAUGAGACAAAAACAUUUGGUAUUUGAAAAUAAAUUAACUAUUCCAAAACGACCUAAAUGGACUAAAGAUCAAUCCAAACUUCAAAUUGAUAGACAAGAAAAUUUAGCAUUUUUAGAAUGGAGAAGACAAUUAGCAGCAUUAACUGAAAAUAACGAUUUAUUAUUAACUCCAUUUGAAAGAAAUUUAGAAGUUUGGAAACAAUUAUGGAGAGUGGUUGAAAGAUGUGAUUUAAUUGUACAAAUUGUUGAUGCUAGAGACCCGUUGGCAUUCAGAUGUAUUGAUUUAGAAAGAUAUGUAAAUGAUUUAAGUGAACCUGAACAUAACAAAACUAAAAAGAAUUUAUUAUUGGUGAAUAAAGCUGAUUUAUUAACUAGAAAUCAACGUCUUGCUUGGUCAGAAUAUUUCAAAAUUAAAAAAAUCAAUUUCGUAUUCUUUUCAGCUGCGAAAGCAAAUGAAUUAUUAGAAAAGGAAAAAGAAGAAUUAGAAAUGUUACAACGUGAUCCAGACUAUGUCCCAACAACGGUUACCUCAGAACCAGAAGAAAUUGAGACCAAUGAUUCUAUUCGAAUUUUAAAAAUCGAAGAAUUAGAACAAUUAUUCAUGCAAGAAGCCCCCAAAUUCGACCAAGACCCAGAAUUCCCCGACAGAAAACUUCAAAUCGGGUUAGUAGGAUAUCCUAAUGUCGGUAAAUCCUCCACCAUCAAUGCAUUAGUCGGUUCCAAAAAAGUCUCCGUUUCUUCCACCCCGGGGAAAACCAAACAUUUCCAAACCAUCCAUCUUUCCCCCGAUGUCCUUCUUUGUGAUUGUCCCGGUUUAGUAUUCCCAAAUUUCGCAUACACCAACGGUGAAUUAGUAUGUAAUGGUGUCCUUCCAAUUGAUCAAUUACGUGAACAUAUCCCCCCAACCUCACUUGUUUGUCAACGUAUUCCCAAAUUCUUCUUGGAAGCAGUAUAUGGUAUCCACAUCCCCAUUCAAAAAAUCGAAGAUGGUGGGAAUGGAGAAUAUCCUACCGCUAGGGAAUUAUUGAAUGCAUAUGCUAGAGCAAGAGGAUAUAUGACCCAAGGGUUUGGAUCGGCCGAUGAACCUAGAGCUUCGAGAUAUAUUUUGAAAGAUUAUGUUAAUGGGAAAUUAUUAUAUGUAAACCCACCUCCAAAACAAACUGGUGAUGAUGAAUGGACUAUACCUUUAUUAGAAGAAUGUCGUGAAUUUAAUCGAGAAUUAUAUAAUUUACAUAAUUUACCUGAAACUAGACAACAACAAAUCAUGGCUGCUAUUCAACAUAAAGGUAUAAAUCUUGAUGAGUUUGAAUUAUCCAAAGAUUUAUCAAGAUUGAAUUUCUCAAUGCAUAUAGGUGGUGCAACAGCUACACAAGAUGGUAGUGGUAGUAGUGAAAAACCAAAAACGUUGUUUUAUGGUGGGAAACAAGCUGGGUUGGAAAGUGCCGGGGAUGAUUUAGAUCGGGAAUUUUUUAAGAUGAAUGGUGUACAAGGGAAAUUUCUUAGUCCGUUUCAUAAAAAGGAAGGAGAGUCCGGGAAGAAUAAGAAACAUAAUAAAAAGAAUAAGAAACAGGAUAAGAAAGUUAGAGUUGUUGGUUAUUGA